CAACCACUGGGCACAGUUGUGCAAAUGGGCGUGUCUCCGUCAACAACCCCAGCUUGCUAAUGCUAGAAGAAAAUCAAUCCAGGGAAUCGGUGCUAAACGAAACUAAAACGACUGAACGAAACAGGGAGAGGGAUAUAGUUUGCUGCAGGAGGUUUACCUGCAGUCUUUCCAAGAGCCAAUGGCUACCGACAUGGCCAUGGAAGAUGUGUUGGGUCUUCACCCCGGCCCAGCCUCAUCCAUUCCUACUGACCCAGCCCCUCCCCCCUUUCUCAACUCAAAUGAAGUGCAAAACCAGAUAUCCACUCUAGAGCCAGCAAUAGCUGAAAACCUCAAUAAAGUGGUAAUCUCAGAACAAGAUGCUGCUCCACAUCCUAACCCAGGUCAGCCUGCAGACCCAACUGUGGCCCCAGAACUUGCUCCAGGGUCUGAGAUACUCGCGGGCCCUCUGCCGGCACCUCUGCCCCCAGCUGCUGCCAAGAACCCCAGCUGCAAGAUCAUGACUUUCAGGCCCACCAUGGAGGAGUUCAAAGACUUUGCCAAAUACAUCGCCUACAUGGAGAGUCAAGGAGCUCAUCGUGCUGGCCUCGCAAAGGUGAUUCCACCUGCAGGUUGGAAGCCGCGCAAGUGCUAUGACACAAUCGAGGACAUGGUGAUUCCAGCUCCCAUUAGUCAGGUGGUGACAGGUCAGUCAGGUCUGUUCACUCAAUACAACAUUCAGAAGAAAUCCAUGACUGUGGGUGAAUACCGCAAACUGGCCAAUAGCAAGAAAUACUGCACACCACGCCACAAGGACUUUGACGACCUCGAGAGAAAGUACUGGAAGAACCUGACUUUUGUGUCACCCCUUUAUGGUGCUGAUGUUAGUGGCUCCAUCUAUGAUGAGGACAUUGAAGAAUGGAACAUUGGCCGUCUUAAUACGCUGCUGGACAUGGUAGAGCAGGAAUGUGGGAUCGUCAUUGAGGGUGUCAACACUCCAUACCUGUAUUUUGGCAUGUGGAAGACAACCUUUGCUUGGCACACUGAGGACAUGGAUCUGUACAGCAUCAAUUACCUGCACUUUGGACAGUCAAAGUCUUGGUAUACUGUCCCUCCUGAGCAUGGCAAAAGGCUGGAGAGGCUGGCACAAGGCUUCUUUCCCGGCAGCUCCCAAGGCUGUGAUGCCUUCCUUCGCCACAAAAUGACGCUAAUAUCGCCAUCCAUCCUGAAGAAAUAUGGCAUUCCCUUUGACAGGAUAACUCAGAAUGAAGGGGAGUUCAUGGUCACUUUCCCUUAUGGCUACCAUGCCGGUUUCAACCAUGGCUUCAACUGUGCAGAAUCCACAAACUUUGCCACACUGCGCUGGGUGGACUACGGCAAGAUGGCUGCGCUGUGCUCCUGUCGAAAGGACAUGGUGAAAAUCUCCAUGGAUGUGUUUGUGCGCUGCCUGCAGCCUGAUCGCUACGAGCUGUGGAAGCAGGGCAAAGACACGACAGUACUGGACCACCUGAAGCCCACAGAGCUCACCAGCCCUGAGUUGGAGCGCUGGAGGGAGCAUCGUGUCACACACCGGGCAAACGUCCUGCGAAGGGCCAUGCAGAAGAUGAAGCAGUUCCGUCGUCUAAAGCUGGAGGAGGUGAAAGUCCUGGCAGAGGACGGCAUUGAGCUGAAUGCUGCUGAGUACCAGCGUCAGGUGGAGGAGCGUGAGGCCCAGCGGAGAAAGGAGAAGGAGGCACGUCUUGCCCGCGAGGCCAUGAUAACUCUGGAGGCCCUGGAGCGCGAGGAGCAGCAGGCUGCUGAAGCUGCUGCUAAAGUAGUAGACACUCCAGCUGUAGAGGGGCAAGAACAAGAAGUCAAACCACAGAACUUGACAGAUGACAUUGAGAAAAAGAAGCAGAGAAGGCCGAAGAAGAUGUCCAGUGCCCAAAAUGCCAUCACUGGAUUUGAGGAAGCAUUUGAGCAAUUUGCUACAUCGGAUGCCAAGAAUUCAAAGAAGGCCAUGGCCAGUCAUAUAGACACUUUGUCCCCAAGACACAGCAACAUCUCAGCAGACAACAAGAUGGAUGUGAGUGCCACACAGGCAUCCUACCCCAAGAGGAAAAUGCCAACAGAGAUAAAAAAGAGUCGCCGCCACCCCCUCAGCAAGCCACCCACGCGCUCCCCUCUGUCCAUCGUCAAGCAAGAUCCAGCCAGUGACAAAGAGCUAUCCUCCCCCAUGCCGCUGGAUAGCGACAUGAAGAAACAGGAGCACCUGUGGCAGAAUCACUCACCUAACUUCCUGGCAGAGAAGGCCUUCAACGCUGCAGUAGCUGCGCUCAAACCACACUGUGCUGUCUGUUCACUCUUCUGUCCUUACACAAAGCCACAAAAAGAGGUCUCCACUGAUAAUGAUACCCUGGGCAAUUCAUUUCCCCGUCAUGGCAGCUUGACUCGUCCACUGGUCCCAGAGAUGUGCUUCAGCGUUGGAGCAGGAAACACAGAGCCCCCGCCCACCAACUAUCACAUCGGGGAGGAUGGAUCCAGUCUUCUGAUCUGUUGUUCAUCUUGCCAUAUGCAGGUUCAUGCCAGUUGUUACGGUGUAAAGCCUGACUCUGUUGGUGAUUCCUGGAUGUGCUCCAGGUGUGCAGCAGGAGCCUGGACAGUGGAGUGCUGUCUUUGUAACUUGAGAGGAGGAGCUUUGAAGACUACCAUAGACAACCGGUGGGUUCAUGUCAUCUGCGCCAUCGCUGUGGCUGAAGCUCGCUUUGUCGAUGCCAUUGAAAGGGGGCCAGUGGAUGUCAGUGCUGUCCCAGAAACCCGCAAGAAUCUGAAGUGCGUGUUCUGCCACGGUAAGGUUGCUAAUCAGAACCGCGGUGCCUGCAUCCAGUGCACAUACGAGAACUGUGCAACCUCCUUCCACGUUACCUGUGCCCAAAUCGCCGGAGUAGUCAUGACGCCCGCUGACUGGCCCUACGUGGUGUCUGUCACCUGCCACAAGCAUAAAAAGGUCACUCCAAAACCUCGAACAGCACCCAGAGGCCCACAAGAGCCAACCCUGGGCCAAAGAGUGAUCGGUCGCAACGUCGACUCCUGGUAUUACCACUGCACCAUCAUCGGCAUGGCCAGACAGACAUUCUACGAGGUCAACUUUGAUGACGGCUCAUACUGUGACAACUUGCACCCGGAAAACAUCAUAAGUCAUGACUGCCUGCGCAGCGGUCCUCCUGAGGUGGGGGAGCUCGUUGUGGUCAGCACACCCGAGGGUCAAAUCCUCAAUGCUUCCUUUGUCAAACAGCAUAUCAACAAGCUCUACCAGGUUGAGUUUCAGGACCAGAGUCAGUUGAUGCUCAAACACUCGGAGAUCUAUCACUUGGAUCAGGAGUUACCCAAAAGGGUCAGAGCUCGACUGGCUUUACCUGGAACAAACGAGGAGGUUCCCUCAGCAGAUGAAGCCCAAGCAGCCAAACGGCGUAAGCUUCCCUCCACUUCGGCCCCUCCUGCCGAUACCCCCAUGGAGACAACCAACGCAACCUCUUGCCCUGCAACAGAAGCUCCAGUAAGAAAACCAGCACCAGAACAUCACAGCAUUGGUACGCAGCCAACCUCACAACCGCUAUCACAACCCUCGAUGACCCCACAGGAUGCUCCUGCCCCAGCUAGCAGUAUUCAAAUGGAUGCUGAGACCCCAAUGGACACCGGCGUCUCCCUCACUGAUGCUUUAACAGAGUCCGCUCUCACAUCGGAUCCCCCCCUGAGUUCGGAAUCUGCCCCUUUUAAGUCGACCUUGAACUCUGAUCCGCUGCUGUCUGCCCCGUCCCCUCCCCUUCCUCCUCCUCAAUCUCAGCACAUGUCUGACAGCUACACGCCCAGUAGUGGCUAUGUCUCCUACAUGGAGACGCUCCUUCAUUCUCAUUUUCCUCAGGAAGAUGGCCCCGAAUCCCUGUAUUAAAACUCCACUUUGUUAUUACUCAGCCGGUGGAGGCUGAGCCAGUAGGAAGUAAGCUAAUGGUGUUGGAUUUUACUGAGUGCUGUAUUAAUGGACAACUAUAUCCUUCACUGGCUCUGAGAGCUCAGAGCAGGAGCAGGAAAAGACACGGAUAUAUGAGCACUCUUUUAAUGCAUGUUACUUUUCUAUUUUUGAGUUAAUGUGUCUGCAGUGGUGCUUUAGCAUGCUCUGAAGCAGCAGCUAAAGAGGACAAGGCUUUUUGUUUUAACAUUAUUAUAAUUAUUAUAAUUAUUUUUUCUUUUCUUUUUUUUUUAAAGACAGUUUUGCUUUUUUGUUCUUGGUCAGCUGCUGUGCUUUAUUUUCCUCCAUAAUGGGAUACAUCUCUGGGUGGCAUCAACCUCCAUACCUCGUUGCAUUAAAUCAAUAACAGCACACUCCCAUUUUCUUUCUAUAGGAAGCUAAUUAUUACGAUGGCCUCUCAGCUUUGGGGCCCUGGUGGACUCUUGCUUCUUUUUUAAAAUCGAAUAACCAGCAACAAGAUAUCUAUUUUUCAAUCCAGCCACUCAUGGCUUUGAAACUGUGUGGCGGAACAAAAAUAUCACAUUAUCCAUCUGCAGGAUCUUUUCACAAGGGUGUUUUCUUGUUGGCUCGCAAGAGGUAAAUGGAGAAAUGGGGUUUAAAAAAAAAAGAAAAGGGAAAAAAAAAAAAGAAAUGUAUUGUAGCGGGAACUCAGUAUUUAAAUGUCUUAGUCAAAUAUUGAAAGAAUUAUUUGUAAUAGAACAAACACGUUGAAUGCAAACACUAGUAGACUUGUCUGCAGGAUGCAUAAAAUUUUUGUGAAGAUGUGUCACAGUAGUUAACAGAUGUGAACUUUAUGUAUUGACGUCAUUUGGCGGCUCCACUUUUUACACCAAAUCGUUCUCAGGGUUCCUACAUGUGGGAAAUAAACAUCCAAGUCUUCACGCUAAGAACCUACCCAUUAUUCUCCCUACUCGUGAAUACCUGCUAUCGUUCUCCUCACAUUUGCUCCCGUUCAAAGUUUGUCUGCUAAACCGAGUGAUAUCUGUUUAUCGUCUCGUAUCUCCUUCUAGCACACCAACCAAGCAAAAGAGUUAAGUUAGUUUCAAGAAGGAACAUUUGAAAAAAGGAAGUUGUGUAGGAACCCUUAAAUCAGGAAAUAUUCUACUGUUCUUGGUUUAAAUUGUAUAUACAAAUCAAUAUUGUAUAAUGUUAUCUGUUUUUCUAUUACUGUACUGUAUCUUUUCUGUGUUCAUUUGAUGAACUGCAUUCACAAACUUGGCCAAUCUCAAAUAUUAAUACUUUUUACUUUUGGCAGAUUUUUGCCAGUAUAUUACUUAAGUUUGUACCAAUAACUAUGUGUGGGUUUUUUGUUUGUUUGUUUGUUUGUUUGUUGUUGUUUCUCCCAGAUAUUUUGUGCUACAGAGGUGCUACAUAUAUAAACUACUGAUGAACUGAUUCCCGCUCCCCCAGCCCUGUCACCUUGUAUAUACCACAGGCCUUGUAUUGUGAAUGAAAUUUUUCCCCCCUUUUUUUUUUUUUGGUCACAAGAAACAGGUGUUUCUGUAUCCAAAUUAUAUCCAUUAAGAAAAUUUGAAUUUGAUGGGAUUAAAGUUUGUUGUGAGUCGCCA